GACAUGGAUGACUGGGACAACAGCGAUGAAUUCAUUCAGCGACUGGAUUUUUCCAGUUGUGGUGAAGAGAGUGAAGACAGAAGCAUACAUGAGGAGGAUGCCCUGAACUCAAGCCCUGCCAGGAGCUGCGAGUUCCAGAAGUGGCAAGGGAGCAGUCCUCUGCAAGUAACCCCUCAGAGAAAGCUUAGUGAGAUUUUCCUGAGCAGGACAAAAGCCUGGAUGAGUCCCACCCUGAAGUCUUCCCCAGCUGUGAGAGAGAGCCAGGGUAAUGCCGAGACACCACUACACAUCACCUGGAAAAAGCUGCAGCUGUGUGACACACCACACACUCCCAAGAGCCUGUUGUCAAAGACAGCUUUUCCUUCAUCUGGGACAAAGGUCCCACCCAAAGGCUUCCGACAUCUGAGAUUUACUCCUGGUGCUGACUCGGAUGACUCUACCCAAGCUUCUCUUGUCAACAUUAAUCCCUUUACACCAGAGUCAUAUCGACAAAUGCUCUUUCUUCCUAAUGGCAAGCAGAAGACCAGAGGAGGGCUGAAGAAUCCUGAUCCAAGAAACCAGAUAAAACAGGAGGUACCUACAAAGAGAUAUCCUCUGAAAGAGAGCAAUAUGGUUUCCCGCUACAAGAAGGAGUUUCUGGAACUAGAAAAAAUUGGUGUGGGGGAAUUUGGCUCUGUCUACAAGUGCAUCAAACGCCUUGAUGGAUGUGUUUAUGCCAUCAAACGCUCCAAAAGGCCUCUGGCAGGAUCCUCAGAUGAGCAGCUGGCACUGCGCGAGGUUUAUGCUCAUGCUGUCCUUGGACACCACCCCCAUGUUGUGCGCUACUACUCGGCAUGGGCAGAGGAUGAUCACAUGAUUAUCCAAAAUGAACACUGCAAUGGUGGGAGUCUCCAAGAUGUGUUGCUGGAAAAUGCAAAGCUUGGCCAGUAUUUCCUAGAAGCAGAGCUGAAAGAAAUAUUGUUACAAGUCUCUAUGGGGCUAAAAUACAUCCACAACUCUGGCCUUGUGCACCUGGAUAUCAAACCUAGUAAUAUCUUCAUCUGUCACAAGCUGGCAGUUGCAGGCCCUGCUGGGCAGGAAGAGAGUGACAGUGAAGACGAAUUCUCUUCUGGUGUGGUGUAUAAGAUUGGUGACCUCGGCCAUGUGACAUCAAUAACAAACCCCCAGGUGGAGGAAGGAGACAGACGGUUUUUGGCCAAUGAGAUUUUGCAAGAGCAAUACUGCGAUUUGCCGAAGGCAGACAUCUUUGCUCUGGCACUCACUGUAGCUCUAGCGGCUGGCACAGCACCGCUGCCUCACAAUGGGGCCAUGUGGCACCACAUCCGCAAAGGCAAUAUCCCACCGAUCCCCCAGAAGCUUUCUCAUUGCUUUCUUGAACUCCUUAAGCUCAUGAUCCACCCUGAUCCAGUGGAAAGACCUUCUGCCACAGCUCUUACUAAACAUCCAGUUCUCCGUCCUUCACGUGGCAAAGCUGUGCAGCUCCAGAAGCAGCUGAAUGUGGAGAAAUGUAAGACUGCCAUGCUGGAAAGGGAACUUAAAGCAGCCCGCCUUGCCCAGACCCUCAGGAAGGACCAGCUCUUAGGAAGUGCCAAAAUGCAAGAGUCUGAAACCUCUUCUAAGCAGAACAGCAAGCGCUUGGUGGGAGGGAAGAGCUGUCGCUCAUUUAGCUUUACUUUGGGUUACUGA